AAGGCUCUGCGGGCCUCCAGCCACCCAGAUCGGCCAGGCCAGCCAUGGGUAACCUCAAGAGCGUGGGCCAGGAGCCCGGGCCCCCCUGUGGCCUGGGCCUAGGGCUGUGUGGCAAGAAGGACCCUGCCACCCCCACAUCCGAGCCCAGCCAGGCCCCCUUGCCAGCACCGCCGCCUGCGCCCAACCACAGCCCCCCACUCACCCGCUCCCCUGAGGGGCCCAAGUUCCCGCGGGUGAAGAACUGGGAGGUAGGGAGCAUCUCGUACGACACCCUAAGCGCCCAGUCCCAGCAGGAUGGCCCCUGCACCCCAAAACGCUGUCUGGGCUCCCUGGUAUUCCCGCGGAAGGUGCAGAGCCGGCCCUCGCAGCCUCCGCCCCCCGAGCAGCUGCUGAGCCAAGCACGGGACUUCAUCAACCAAUACUACAACUCCAUCAAGAGGAGCGGCUCCCAGGCCCACCAGCAGCGACUGCGGGAGGUGGAAGCAGAAGUGGUGGCCGGGGGCACCUACCAGCUGCGGGAGAGUGAGCUGGUGUUCGGGGCCAAGCAGGCCUGGCGCAACGCCCCCCGCUGUGUGGGCCGAAUCCAGUGGGGGAAGCUGCAGGUGUUUGAUGCCCGGGACUGCAGCUCUGCCCAGGAGAUGUUCACCUACAUCUGCAACCACAUCAAAUAUGCCACCAACCGGGGCAACCUCCGCUCGGCCAUCACCGUGUUCCCCCAGCGCUGCCCUGGCCGUGGGGACUUCCGUAUCUGGAACAGCCAGCUGGUGCGCUAUGCGGGCUACCGGCAGUCAGACGGCUCAGUGCGAGGGGACCCUGCCAACGUGGAGAUCACCGAGCUAUGCAUCCAGCACGGCUGGACCCCAGGGAACGGCCGCUUCGACGUGCUGCCCCUACUGCUGCAGGCCCCCGACGAGUCCCCGGAGCUUUUCGCCCUGCCCCCAGAGCUGGUCCUCGAGGUGCCCCUGGAGCACCCCACGCUGGAGUGGUUCGCGGAGCUGGGCCUCCGCUGGUACGCGCUCCCCGCCGUGUCCAACAUGCUGCUGGAGAUCGGGGGCCUGGAGUUCCCCGCUGCCCCCUUCAACGGCUGGUACAUGAGCACCGAGAUCGGUACCCGCAACCUGUGCGACCCGCACCGCUACAACAUCCUGGAGGACGUGGCCGUGUGCAUGGACCUGGACACCAGGACCACCUCGUCCCUCUGGAAGGACAAGGCCGCGGUUGAGAUCAACCUGGCGGUGCUGCACAGCUACCAGCUGGCCAAAGUGACCAUCGUGGACCACCACGCCGCCACCGCCUCGUUCAUGAAGCACCUGGAGAAUGAGCAGAAGGCCAGGGGGGGCUGCCCUGCUGACUGGGCCUGGAUCGUGCCCCCCAUCUCAGGCAGCCUGACCCCCGUCUUCCACCAGGAGAUGGUCAACUACUUCCUGUCCCCAGCCUUCCACUACCAGUCGGACCCCUGGAAGGGAGGCUCAGCCAAGGGCGCUGGCAUCACCAGGAAGAAGACCUUCAAGGAAGUGGCCAAUGCGGUGAAGAUCUCCGCCUCGCUCAUGGGCACCGUCAUGGCCAAGCGUGUGAAGGCCACCAUCCUCUACGGCUCGGAGACCGGCCGCGCCCAGAGCUACGCACAGCAGCUCGGGAGGCUCUUCCGCAAGGCCUUCGACCCCCGGGUCCUGUGCAUGGAUGAGUACGACGUGGUGUCCCUGGAGCAUGAGACGCUGGUGCUGGUGGUGACCAGCACUUUUGGCAACGGGGACCCCCCGGAGAAUGGCGAGAGCUUUGCAGCAGCGCUGAUGGAGAUGUCAGGCCCCUACAACAGCUCCCCCCGGCCGGAGCAGCACAAGAGCUACAAGAUUCGCUUCAACAGCAUCUCCUGCUCAGACCAGCUGGUGUCCACCUGGCGCAAGCGGCGCAAGGAGUCCAGCAACACGGACAGUGCGGGGGCUCUGGGCACCCUCAGGUUCUGUGUGUUCGGGCUGGGCUCCCGGGCAUACCCCCACUUCUGCGCCUUCGCCUGCGCGGUGGACACACGGCUGGAGGAGCUGGGCGGCGAGCGGCUGCUGCCCCUGGGCCAGGGCGACGAGCUGUGCGGCCAGGAGGAGGCCUUCCGCGGCUGGGCCCAGGCCGCCUUCCAGGCCUCCUGCGAGACCUUCUGCGUGGGGGAGGACGCCAAGGCAGCCGCCAGGGACAUCUUCAGCCCCAAGCGGAGCUGGAAACGCCAGAGGUACCGGCUGAGCACCCAGGCUGAGAGCCUCCAGCUGCUGCCAGGCCUGGUGCACGUGCACCGACGGAAGAUGUUCCAGGCUUCCGCGCUGUCGGUGGAGAAUCUGCAGAGCAGCAAGUCCACCCGGGCCACCAUCCUGGUUCGCCUGGACACCGGGGGCCAGGAGGGGCUGCAGUACCAGCCGGGAGACCACAUCGGCAUCUGCCCGCCCAACCGGCCCGGCCUGGUGGAGGCGCUGCUGAGCCGCGUAGAGGACCCGCCGCCCCUGGGGGAGCCCAUGGCCGUGGAGCAGCUGGAGAAGGGCAGCCCGGGUGGUCCUCCCCCCAGCUGGGUGCGGGAUCCCCGGCUGCCCCCUUGCACGCUGCGCCAGGCCCUCACCUUCUUCCUGGACAUCACCUCCCCGCCCGGGCCGCGCCUGCUGCGGCUGCUCAGCACGUUGGCCGAGGAGCCCGGGGAGCAGCAGGAGCUGGAGGCGCUCAGCCAGGACCCCCGGCGCUACGAGGAGUGGAAGUGGUUCCGGUGCCCGACGCUGCUGGAGGUGCUGGAGCAGUUCCCGUCGGUGGCGCUGCCCGCCGCCCUGCUGCUCACGCAGCUGCCCCUGCUGCAGCCCCGCUACUACUCCGUCAGCUCGGCGCCCAGCGCACACCCCGGCGAGAUCCACCUCACCGUGGCGGUGCUGGCCUACAGGACGCAGGACGGCCUGGGACCCCUGCACUACGGCGUGUGCUCCACCUGGCUGAGCCAGCUCAAGGCCGGGGACCAGGUGCCCUGCUUCAUCCGGGGGGCCCCCUCCUUCCGGCUGCCCCCUGACACCAGCUUGCCCUGCAUCCUGGUGGGCCCGGGCACGGGCAUUGCUCCCUUCCGGGGGUUCUGGCAGGAGCGUCUGCACGACAUUGACAGCAAAGGGCUGCAGCCCGCCCCCAUGACCCUGGUGUUCGGCUGCCGCUGCUCUCAGCUCGACCACCUCUACCGCGACGAGGUGCAGGAGGCCCAGCGGCGCGGCGCGUUUGGCCGCGUCCUCACCGCCUUCUCCCGGGAGCCCGACAGCCCUAAGACCUACGUGCAGGACAUCCUGCGGACCGAGCUGGCCGCCGAGGUGCACCGCGUGCUGUGCCUGGAGCGAGGUCACAUGUUCGUCUGCGGCGACGUCACCAUGGCGACCAGCGUCCUGCAGACGGUGCAGCGCAUCCUGGCGACAGAGGGCGACAUGGAGCUGGACGAGGCCGGUGACGUCAUCGGCGUGCUGCGGGAUCAGCAACGCUACCACGAGGACAUUUUCGGGCUCACGCUGCGCACCCAGGAGGUGACCAGUCGCAUUCGCACCCAGAGCUUCUCCCUGCAGGAACGGCGGCUGCGGGGCGCGGUGCCCUGGGCCUUCGACCCGCCCGGCCCCGACACCCCCGGGCCCUGAGCACCUCCUGCCGUCUGCCCCCUCCUCGGCCUUCCAACCCCCCCCCCCCAAUGCCUCGGGAGGAGGCACGACCCUCUGCGGGGCUGCCUCUCCACCCGGACCUUCCAGCAGCCUCGUUCCAGGACUCACUGCCCCCCUCCCCUGUUCUGGGGUGAACCUCAAGACUCCCCUUUGCCCCGCUCUCCAGAGUAUCUUAGCCCCAAACCUAAUCUUUCCACCGUUUCAAGUAUUUAUUAAAGAUUCGACAUGA